AUGGGCUGCCACGUGACUCCCUUCCUUUCCUACAAACUCCGGUUGCUCUUGCUUUUCACUUUGUGCCUGACGGUGGUGGGGUGGGUCACCAGCAACUACUUUGUGAGUGCCAUUCAGGAGAUUCCUAAAGCGAAGGAUUUCAUUACUACUUUCAAAAAGGCCGUGGUUUUGGGGAAGAAAGAAAUUCUGGCUGACGAAGCCUCUGUGAAAAGAGCAGACCUGGACAACUGCCCUUCCGUCUCUCCACACCUCAGAGGUCAGAACAAGCUCUUUUUCAAGCCAGAUCUUACUCUGGAAGACGUGCAGGCAGAAAAUCCCAAAGUGCACAGAGGCCGCUAUCACCCUGAGGAAUGUAAGGCUUUGCAGCGGGUGGCCAUCCUCAUUCCACACCGGAACCGGGAGAGACACCUGAUGUACCUGCUGCAGCACCUUCACCCCUUCCUGCAGAGGCAGCAGCUGGAAUACGGCAUCUACAUCAUCCACCAGGCCGGGAGUAAAACGUUUAAUCGAGCCAAACUCUUGAAUGUGGGCUUCAUAGAAGCUCUCAAGGAUGAAAUAUGGGACUGCUUUAUCUUCCACGACGUGGACCUGGUGCCCGAGAAUGAUCUGAAUCUUUACAGGUGUGAGGACCAGCCCAAGCACCUGGUGGUAGGCCGGAACAGCACUGGCUACAGGUUGCGUUACAGCGGAUAUUUUGGGGGCGUUACUGCCCUAAGCCGAGAGCAAUUUUUCAAGGUGAAUGGAUUCUCUAACAACUACUGGGGAUGGGGAGGCGAAGACGAUGACCUCAGACUCAGGGUUGAGCUUCAUAGAAUGAAAAUAAUCCGGCCAAUGCCUGAUGUGGGUAAAUAUACAAUGAUCUUCCACACUAGAGACCCAGGCAAUGAGGUGAACAUAGGGCGGAUGAAGCUCUUACAUCAGGUGUCACGAGUCUGGAGGACAGAUGGGUUGAACAGUUGUGUUUAUAAAUUACUAUCCGUGGAUUACAAUCCUUUAUAUGUCAACAUCACAGUGGAUUUCUGGACUGGCCCAUGA